CUUCGGUGCAGACGCCCAGCAGCCGGCGCGCCGCCGCCCGGCCACCCCCUGCACCUUCUCCCCUCAGCCCUGCGCUGCUGCCCCAACUCACGCUGCCCUCGGACACCGACCAGUCCGGUCGCGCUCAGCGCCCAAACUCGCAGGGCCGACGCCCAGGAGACCCCUCUACCUCUGCCGCGGCUCCUGGAGCCGAUCGCCCACCCGCCCCGGCCCGCCUGAGGACGGGGGUGCCUUCAUGCAGCCCCGACACCCCUCACCCUGCCGCCGCCGCCCCCGAGCUCCGCGCGCUGCGCCCCAGCCCCAGCAGGGCACGCAACUUUGGAAGUCCCGCGGCUCUCCGAGAGGCGGCAGAGUCCGCACUCUGGCCCCAGCUCGGGCCGCACCGGCCCCGCCGCGUCUAGGGGAAGCGAGAGAGUCGGUAAUUGCUUCGGGGAUGUAAAGAGACAGACAUAGGACCCCAAGCCAGCAUCAGCACCCCUCGGCUGCCUCCCGGGGUGGGGGCGGGCCCCGCACACGGUAAGACCUCUUGCUUUCGCUCAGGCUCGAGUCAAAGAUAUAGAUAGAGAUAUAUUUAAUUUCCUGUCAUCCUUCCGAGUCAUCAGGACACCGAUGAUUUUUGUUCUCCUUUCUUGAAGAAUAAAUCUCUUCUUUCCCCAUCGGCUCGACCUGCUCUCUCCCGCCGCUUAGAAAUAAAACUUGGCUCUGUUUAGGAGCUGGGAGCAAGAAGGCGCCGACCCAGAGCGCCCGACGCACGGGUAGGGCGCGGUUGGCAGGAGCCCGGCCCAUGGUCCGCUAGCGAUCCCCCAGCUCGGGCCCGGCCUCCUUGAGGCCCCUUCCCCAUGUGAGGCGCGGCGGGGCGAGCGGGGCGCAGGAGGAAGAGGAGGACCCACGGGCGCCGGGCCGGAAGGCAGCUGGCAGCAGGCCCAGGCGAGCGGGCAUCCGCGUUCAUGUUCCGCCAGGAGCAGCCGCUGGCCGAGGGCAGCUUUGCGCCCAUGGGGUCCCUGCAGCCGGACGCGGGCAACGCAAGCUGGAACGGGACCGAGGCGCCGGGGGGCGGCGCCCGGGCCACCCCCUACUCCCUGCAGGUGACGCUGACGCUGGUGUGCCUGGCCGGCCUGCUCAUGCUGUUCACUGUGUUCGGAAACGUGCUUGUCAUCAUUGCCGUGUUCACAAGCCGCGCGCUCAAGGCGCCCCAGAACCUCUUCCUGGUGUCUCUGGCCUCGGCCGACAUCCUGGUGGCCACGCUUGUCAUCCCUUUCUCGCUGGCCAACGAGGUCAUGGGCUACUGGUAUUUCGGCAAGGCGUGGUGUGAGAUCUACCUGGCGCUCGACGUGCUCUUCUGCACGUCGUCCAUCGUGCACCUGUGUGCCAUCAGCCUGGAUCGUUACUGGUCCAUCUCCCAGGCCAUCGAAUACAACCUGAAGCGCACUCCACGUCGCAUCAAGGCCAUCAUCUUCACCGUGUGGGUUAUCUCGGCCGUUAUCUCCUUUCCGCCGCUCAUCUCCUUCGAGAAGAAGAAACGCGGCAGUGGCCAGCAGCCGGCCGAACCGCGCUGCGAGAUCAACGACCAGAAGUGGUACGUCAUCUCGUCCUGCAUCGGCUCUUUCUUCGCACCCUGCCUCAUCAUGAUCCUGGUCUAUGUUCGCAUCUACCAGAUCGCCAAGCGCCGCACCCGAGUGCCUCCCAGCCGCCGGGGUCCCGUGGCCGCCGCCGCGCUGCCGGGGGGCGCUGAGCGCAGGCCCAACGGCCUGGGCCCAGAGCGUGGCGUUGGCCCCGUGGGCGCCGAGGCCGAGCCGCUGCCCGUCCAGCUCAACGGUGCCCCGGGGGAGCCCGUGCCUGCGGGGCCGCGCGACGCAGACGCGCUGGACCUGGAGGAGAGCUCGUCGUCUGAGCACGCCGAGCGGCCCCCCGGGCCCCGCAGGUCCGAGCGCGGCUCCCGGGCCAAGGGCAAGACCCGGGCGAGCCAGGUGAAGCCCGGGGACAGCCUACCGCGGCGCGCACCAGGGUCGACGGCGGCGACGGGGUCGGGGGUGCCCGUGGCCGGGCCCGGGGAGGAGCGCGGCGGGGGCGCCAAGGCGUCGCGCUGGCGCGGGCGGCAGAACCGGGAGAAGCGCUUCACCUUCGUGCUGGCGGUGGUCAUCGGCGUGUUCGUGGUGUGCUGGUUCCCCUUCUUCUUCACCUACACGCUCACGGCCGUCGGCUGCUCCGUGCCGCGCACGCUCUUCAAGUUCUUCUUCUGGUUCGGCUACUGCAACAGCUCGCUGAACCCGGUCAUCUACACCAUCUUCAAUCACGACUUCCGCCGCGCCUUCAAGAAGAUCCUCUGCCGAGGGGACAGAAAGCGGAUCGUGUGAGCGCGGAGUCCGCGCCGCGCGAACAGACUCGCGCCCACCGCAGGCAGCUGGGAUCGAGGGGCGCGUUUAUGCAGCCCCAGCACUCCGAAGCCGGGGUCCUGCCUAUUCUGAGUUUUCUGGCCCGAGGGUUGCUCUGCGGGCGUCCUGCCGGCAUCUGUACUCCCCUACCAGAGAAAGUCCUGACAAGGGGGAGGGUCCCCAAUUGCUGUUAGGACCGCUCCUCACACGGAGCGAUCUUCCUGGAUUCUUGGGCCUCCGCAAAGCAGUAUUGUUUCCUAAAGGUAUUUUCACCUCCCAAGGUCCAGUUCUCAUGGUAGUUCAGAGCAAGCAGUUGAUCCCAGCGGGCAUGGCUCACAAAAGGUUAAUGGAUGGGGGUUUCCCAGCCCUGGCUAAUUGCUCUCCCCUCCCCCCAACUCUAUUUUUAAACAAACGCUCAGGGCAGCCCUGCCCGCCCUCCCAACCACCCCCUGUAAAUACACACUAUUUUUGAUAGUACAUGGGGGUUGGGGGGUGGUCCCCAAUGUCUUUUGGCUUUUGAGGUCGGAAUCCUGGCUGUUGGAGAUGCCCUCCAGGCAGACAGAUGGUGUCUAGUUCAGGGCAAGCCUCUUUGCAAUUCGAUCCCUUUUCUACUGUCAUUACCUCCCUCUGUGUCCUUUUCACCAGCAACUGGUGACUGUCCCUUGGGACUGGACCUGCUUUGAGAUUUCCUGAGGGGGGAAAGAUUUCUGUCCACUUUUCCCCCUGUGCCUAACAGCAUAAUUGCCUUUUCCUAUGUAAAUAUUACAAUGAUGGACCAAGAAAGAAGUAAAUGAAACUCUCUGCCUUGCAGCAGCCCUGUGUAUAAAGCCAUUAUCCUCUGAUGCAUUCUUCGCCCCAGCACCUCACUUUAAAACCUCUUUCCAGUGUCCCCUCCCUCCUUUCCUCUGGGGCCACUGCUUGAAGUAUAUGUAUGUUUCCAUCUUUUAUGUAUGUGCACUCCUCCCUCCCCCAAAGUGCUGACUGUGGGAAAUCUUUUACCUGCUGUUUUUAGACACAGAGAAGUGGAAAUUAUGUGGAAGAAGCAAACCUGAUACAAUUUGCCCAAGGUAAACAGUUUGAAAAGACAAAUGGGCCUGCCAGAAUGUACAGUUCCUGCCCCAAGAGCUCUUACAUAUCAAAGUGUUGUCCAUUUUUCCUCCCUUUUUUUCUGGUUGAGCUCAAGUCAUUGCUGAACUCCCAGAGUUUAGGGAGGAGGGUGGAGACUUUGUUUACAUUCAAGUUUCCACAUGUUUUAGACAAAGACUCUUUCAGGCCUGCACUCUUAUUUCACUAAAGAAAAACUAAUGUCAGCGGAUUUUUUUUUUAAUAAAAAGUUUACAGAGCAAAUGUGAAAUAAAUAUGAA